AUGUUUUCUGUUGUGGGGACCGCCAAAAGUGGCGGCGACGGCGCAAAUAUCAAAAAUAACAACGACAAUCCAUUCGAGCGCCUGCAGCCGCCGUUGCGUAGCGAGGAGGACGAAAUCCGAAAAGGCAUUUUUGGUCAGGCGCUGCGGCUGCUGCACACCGCCACAGAUGAGGAUAAGUUACGCUGGCGACUUGCCAUCGAGGAGGCCAUUGCCGCACGACAGUCCAUAUCGCGUAUGAAUAAAAAGACGGCCGUGUCGGAGGGGGUCGCUGAUGUGACUCCGCUCGUCGGAUUUGCCGCAGUGAAACGUCCCCGUGACGAUGGCAAAGGGGAGGAAGAAGAAAAGGAAACAGGGACGGAGGAGAAUGGGGGAGGCGGGGAUGGAGAUCAACGCCCAGUUGUUGCGGCCGCCAAGGAUAGUUUUGGCUUUCGCACCGGUGCCGAAGAUACACCGAUGAAAGACACAGAAUUUAUUGCAGCAUAUCUUCGCACGUUGCUUGAUAAAGUUGUGGGUUUAAGUCUUCUUGAGCUCCAUGUUGACGCUCUACGGGUCUUGUGUAUCAUUUUGAGUAUUCCGCUUCCCAAGAGCCGCAGCAAAAUGACGCUCUACAGCACUCUUGCCAGCUUUCACUACACGCAUUGUGAGAAACUUGGCAAACGUGUCUCGAGCUCCCACAAUGUGCAGGCACAGCUGAAGCGCGACGAACAGAUGAUUCAAAAAUUGUUUCCAGCGGGUUCCACAUCCCAGACAAAUUCAGGUAUGGGAAGAAACAGAGCAGCAGGGGCAACAACAACAACAACUGCAUCGCGACCAUCAGGCAUCACCAAAACUGUUAAUUCUACCACUCUCAGCAAACACAGCAACAGCAGUUGUACCGAUAAAAGUGCUAGUAAUGGCAGUGCCAACCACAAGAAGGGCACUCGGUCCAUGCUAACUGCUGUGGACAGCAAUGUUUCCCCUCUAGAUGACACUCCACGGAGUCGCAGAAGGAAGCUUGUUUCCGAUACCGGGGCGAAACCACAAACCAAAUCUCCCUUGGAGAGGGAUGCGAAGGACACACCAGCGGGGGUGGAGGGAGAGUCAGAGUUGGAGGUACGGCACACGGGCAAAGUCUUUGCAGACGCCCCUGUCUUCCGCCAGGCGAUGGCGGUAUCACGGAAUAAUGAGGAAGAGGAAGAAGAGGAGGAAUGGACAAUGGCGCAACUGGAGAAAAAAGUGGCGUCGGUGGUUCAGUUAUAUGACCCUGUGACGUCUGCGGUGGUGGUGAAAAAAUUAGCUCAGAUGGGAUAUCGCAAAGCAUGCGCCAUGGAGAAAGUAGAGGCAAUCCUACGCAGUUUCCAUCAGCGUGAACUUGUUUUCUACGACAACGGCAUUGCGUAUCUCCUUUAG